UGGGAGUCACUAAUGUAUAGGAAGUUAUGAUCAUUUGACGAUGAAACACAAUUCACAAUCUCUGUGAUCACCUGGUGACCAGUUUAGGCUGCAUCCGGCCUCUUGACCAAUGUCGGAUGGAAUAGCACCUUUGACCUCCGAGAACAGUUGAUCAUUUGUUUUCUCUCACUGUUGCUGUUAACCUACUUACCCAGGCUUUUUUGCCUUUAUAACAUACAACUAUUUGUAGUUUGCAAACCUAAUUUUUUUUUUUACAACUUUUGUUCUAGACAUGGAAGCAAAUCCCAGAUUGUCACUUUUUUUUUUUUUUUUUAAACAAAUUGUCACCCCACAACCGGUAUUCGUGUAGUAACGCACCCUGCAACCUUCAGAUGAUUACAUCCCAUGAGCCUUUGCGCGUAUCUGACAAGUGGAUCCAAGAUGGCGUAGAAAGUAAAGCUAGUUUUGUCCCUAAGUCAUGGCGGACAGGAGAGCAGAAAAAUCAUGUGAAGAAGCCAUCAGAUUGUUACUCAGGCAGGAAUAUGAGGCGGUAGUCAGUCACACCACGGACACCUUGGCGGUCCUUGCUCCUCAAUCCCAAUCCACAGGCAACCCCCUCUCGCCAAACCCUUACAGAGGCCUCCGCAGUCGCGCCCUGCUUUACCGCAUCGCUGCCUUUCUUCAUUUGAAAAAAUAUGACGAAGCAGAUCAAGACUGCAAACAUGUCCUGGCAGAAGACAGGGCUACGGGAGGGGGUUUGCUACAAGCCAGUUUAUGCUCCAUGCAGUUGGAUGAAAGCCUCCAGGAGGUGGCCAGCAUCCUCUCUAAAACCCUGUUUGGAGAGCCAAUGAAUGGAAUUGUUGCAAAAGAUGUUUCCAGAUUAAAAAUCCUGUUUUCAGAAAUAGAGGCUGUAAAGAACAGCGAGAUGACACCAGAAUACCCAGAUGACCAGGUGGAGGAGAUCCAAGAUGGCUGGCAGUUCAGGCCGCCUCCUCGAGGAGUCACCAGCAGCGAGGAGUACACCCUCUGUAAAAGGUAUUUAGAGCAAGGUCUGUGUCGGUACGGGGCCCAAUGCACAUCAGCUCACUCACAGGAGGAGCUGAUGGAAUGGCAGAAGCGCUACUCAUCACGCCUGAUCCGUCUCAAGCAACAGCAGGAGAGCAAACACUUCACAGAAAAUUACAUGGAGACUCUAAUCGAGAAAUGGAUGAACUCUCUCUCCCCAGAGAAAGUGCUUAGCGACUGUUUAGAAGGAGUCAAUGUUGAAACCAGCUCAAGCCUCUCUCUUACUGUCACCACCAAAAAAUCUUUCCACUCUUGGACCUUCUCAUUGCUCUGCAAGCCUCCUAGAAUGUUAAAUCGCAUAGCCCUGCUCUAUGAUGCCCACAGACCCCACUUUUCGAUCACAGGGGUCUCUGCUGGGGAGCAGCUACAAACUGUGUCCACUGGCUCUCAAGAGUGGACUCUACGAAAAGAAACCGCAGUGGCGGACAAUGGCAUAGACCACUGUCUCUACAAGGUCACUGUGGACUUCACCACAGAGAUCUUUGGCACUUUCAGACAGACCAUAGUUUUUGACUUUGGCUCAGAACCAGUGCUGAUGCAGCGAAUCAUGGUGGAUGCUGCCUCAAUUGAAGAUAUAGAACAUCUGAUGGCAGCCAGACAACAGCUUUUGAUGACUGCAAAACGUUGGGACUCGUCCUGUAAGACUCUUGUUGAAUUCACACCUAAUGAGACUAUGUGUGAUCUGGAGCGCAGUCUUCUUUCCCGCUAUCAAAUCCCACUGUCGGCCGACCAGCUCUUCACCCAGUCAGUUCUGGACAAGACUCUGACCAGAGAAAACUACCAAGCCCGGCUGCAUGACCUCCUCUAUAUAGAGGAGAUUGCACAAUUUAAAGAAGUCAGCAAGUUUAACAUCAAAGUGAACCUGCAGCUGGUAUCCAGCUUCAUGCUGACCGGCAUUUCGGUUGGAGCCAAGUAUGCCCAGAAUGGACAACUCUUUGCACGUUUUAAACUUACAAAAACACUGUCUGAGGACACACUGGCAGGACGACUAGUAAUGACCAAGGUAAAUUCAGUUCUCUUCCUCCCCUUGGGCUGGGAGGGUGUCAUCAGCCAGCCACCACCGGGGGUCAAAGAGCGUGUCUACGAGGCCGUGAUUGAGGAGAAGACCAAGGAAUACAUCUUCCUCAGGAUCUGCAAAAACUGCUGUGAUGAACUCGGACUACUGCCUGACAGAAAAAUCCAGGUGGAGCUCCAGUUCCAGCUGAAUAGGCUUCCGCUGUGUGAGAUGCAUUAUGCCCUGGAUCGCAUCAAAGAUAGUAAAGACAAUAGAAUUCUUUUCCCUGAUGUUACCCUUGUCCCAACCAUACCCUGGAGCCCCAACAGGCAGUGGGAUGAACAGCUGGAUCCUCGUCUGAAUGCCAAGCAGAAAGAGGCUAUUCUUGCCAUCACCACCCCUCUCUCUAUCCCCCUGCCCCCAGUACUCAUCAUUGGACCCUAUGGCACUGGCAAAACAUUCACCCUGGCACAGGCUGUCAAACACAUUCUGCGCCAGGAAACCAGCAGGGUUCUGAUCUGCACCCAUUCCAACAGUGCAGCUGACCUUUACAUUAAGGACUACCUUCAUCCUUAUGUUGAAGCAGGCAAUCCACAUGCCAGACCUCUCAGGGUAUACUUUAGGAAUCGCUGGGUGAAGACGGUCCACCCAGUGGUUCAGCAGUACUGUCUCAUCGCCAACACACAGGUCACUUUCAAAAUGCCCACAAGGGAUGAUAUCCUCAGGCAUCGUGUGGUUGUGGUCACCCUCAGCACUUCCCAGUACCUCUGCCAGCUUGAUUUGGAGCCCGGCCUGUUCACUCAUAUCUUGUUGGAUGAAGCUGCCCAGGCCAUGGAGUGUGAGACGAUCAUGCCUUUUGCCCUAGCUAGCAAUACCACUCGCAUUGUGUUGGCUGGAGACCAUAUGCAACUCAGUCCAUUUGUGUACAGCGAGUUUGCCCGCGAGCGAAACCUGCAUGUGUCUUUGUUGGACAGACUGUACGAGCACUACCCUUCAGAAUUCCCAUGCCGGAUCCUUCUGUGCGAGAACUACCGCUCCCAUGAAGCUAUUAUCAACUACACGUCGGAGUUGUUUUAUGAUGGCAAGCUAAUGGCAAGUGGUAAGCAGCCCUCUCACAAGGACUUCUAUCCUCUAACUUUCUUUACUGCACGAGGGGAAGAUGUCCAGGAGAAGAACAGCACUGCCUACUAUAACAAUGCUGAGGUGUUUGAGAUCGUGGAGCGUGUAGAAGAAUUGCGCAAGAAGUGGCCAGUAGCUUGGGGAAAGCUGGAUGAGGGCAGCAUUGGAGUGGUUUCACCGUAUUCGGACCAGGUCUUUCGCAUUCGUGCUGAGCUCCGAAAAAAGAGAAUGCAUGAGGUCAGCGUGGAAAGAGUGCUCAAUGUCCAAGGUAAACAGUUCCGAGUCCUGUUCCUCAGCACGGUGCGGACGCGCCAUACUUGCAAGCGCAAGCAAACUGCCAUCAAGAGGAAAGAGCAGCUUGUGGAGGACUCCACUGAGGACCUUGACUAUGGAUUUUUGUCCAACUACAAGCUGCUUAACACAGCCAUCACCAGAGCUCAGUCGUUGGUUGCGGUCGUGGGAGACCCAAUUGCGCUGUGCUCUGUUGGACGCUGCAGAAAGUUCUGGGAGCAUUUUGUGUCCAUUUGCCAUGAAAACUCAAGCCUCCAUGGCAUCACCUUUGAGCAGAUUAAGUCCCAACUAGAGGCCCUGGAGCUAAAGAAGACGUAUGUUCUCAACCCACUGGCUCCAGAAUUUAUCCCACGUGCCCUCAGACCCCUGCAAGGGCACACAUCUUCACAGGCUCUACAUCCCCACCACCAUCCUCAUCCUCAUCAUGUGCAGACAGGAUCCACAAAGCAGAUACAGCAGCAGUCACCACCUAAGGGCAAACAUACCAACCAACCAGAGCACCUUCCACCUGAAGGAUAUGUCCAGCCCAACCCAGCUGUUCUAAUGGGAAACCCAAUCCAGGCAUUUACACCGCCCGUGGCUACUGCCUCAGCUAGCUUGGGCAAGUCACCAAGUCCUGUUCAGAGGAUAGACCCUCACACAGGCGCCAGCAUCCUUUAUGUUCCAGCAGUAUAUGGUGGAAACAUGGUCAUGCCCAUGCCCCUUCCUUUGCCUUGGCCAGGUUAUCAGAACCGCUUUGCCGUUGACCCACGCAUCAUGAGUCACCAGGCAGCCAUGGCCUACAAUUUCAACCUCUUGCAGGCCCAGAAUCGAGGCUCCCCUAUUCCUUGCAGUGGAAUGGCACAUCCCUCCCCACUUGAAGUGGGUCAACCAGGCCCUGACACAGAUCUACAGUCAGAUGCAGUCAGAAAUGGUAAAGUGGAAGGAUGUCCAAAGUCGGAGCAGACACCUGAGAGAAAAAACACUGAAAUGAAGGAUAAACAGGUCGAUUUUGACACAGUUCGAAGUCUGGAAUCACAGACGGAUGGGUUAGCUGGUUUUCCUAAUGCAUUGCUCCACCGGAAAGACUCCUCGACUGCUCAAAGAGCACUCAAUUAUCACCUGGCACCACCCAACCCUGCCUUCUCCACACAUCCUGCCAGUGGAAGAGCCCUCCCCCAGCAGUGUCCAGUCUCAAGGCUGCCUUAUCGGGUCAACCAGCCACCUCAUCCAGCGAUGGUCCAACACAGUCAACAGCUCAGUCCUGCUUUCCCUAGUGGAGCCCACAGUGCAUCUUUCUUUAGUGCUCACAUUGCCCCACAAAGGGGGAUUCAGUCUCCCACUUUAGAUUUACCAGAAUCUGGAAGUGUUGAAGAGAUAGGUAGUUCCAUUAGGACUCCAAUGACCCACUUGGGGGGUCACCAUCCAAAUCUGUCACAACACAACAAUAGAGUCAAUAACUUUGGGGAGGAUAGACAAGACACAAUGCAGACAGAUGGUCUUGAUCUUCGGCGGCCCUUGGCUCUUGAGGUCCUUAACCAGCAACAGCAGGCUGCCAGGCUAGGCCAGUGGAAUGAAGCAGCUGGUCCUUUCCUCCCGGGCGGUGUUGCUUUCUCUUUGCCACAACAAAUUCCCCACCUAGCUCAGCCAGGAAUGACUCGCUUUUCCCAUCAGCUGCUCCGUGCAGCGAACUGGGGGCUUGGUGCCAACAUGGAGGAUGAAGCUGGUUCAACUGCUUCCACUGGCCCACCGUUCAACAGAUACACAGGCCUCCUGAGAGAGAUCCCCCUGCAGGAGCCACCUGAAACUAGGGAAGCGACUGAAAUUCAACCCCCUCCUCAAUCUCGCCUCCUCCAGUAUCGCCAGUCCCGUGCCUCAGGUGACCCUUCAUCUUCUUUAGCUGCCACGUCAAAUCACACUGGGCCUUUUUCUUCCGGGCCUUACCCCCAUGAAAGCGGGCGUGAUCAGCUCAAUAACAACAUUCUCAACAACGCAGUUCUGCAGCAGCAGCAUCCCGUUGGUAAUUCCCCUUACAAUAGCAGUUGCUAUCGACAUCAGGCACCGGCCCACCCUGGCAGCCCCCCUCCAUCCCAGGUCAAGUUCCUUCUGCAGGAGGCCCAGUGGUCCCAAAGUGGAGGUGCAUCUGUGAGCCCACCGCAGCAGAACCACCUGCUAGGGAACCAGCCCCAUCGCCUUCCGUAUGGACUUCCCGUCAUGUCUCAACCCAGCAGGCAGGAGCAAGUGCAUUUAAUGCAGCUUCACCAUCAGCAGCAACAUCAACAACAUCAGCAGCAGCAGCAGCAGCAACUAUCUCAGCAAAGUCAAGGUCAAGACCAGGAGUCCUACCACUCCUUGUCACCCAGAACAUCUCCAGCCACUGCCCUGCACAGUGUAGAUGAGUAUGAACCCAGAGGUCCAGGUCGGCCCCUCUAUCAGCGCCGUAUUUCCACCAGCUACCCCGAUCAACCUUCUCUUGCCAAUAGCCACAAUGCCACAUCCCAGCAGUCUCAAGCCUGUGCAGGAGACAGAAAUCAGGACCAACCCAAUCCAAACAUGCAGCAGCACCCACACCCCCCCUAUGGCUACCCCUCACAUGAUCUCGCAUGGCCCAGUAAUAGUGGUGGUCCAGGUCCGUUCCAGAACAUUCCAUGUAAUGGAGGCGGGACCAUCGCUCAUCAUCGAGAACUUCUAGCUUCUAAGGCCCUCCAUCAAAUUGAAGAGAAUGUGAAGGCGGAGUCUCCGGCAGCACAGCAGCAGACACACACACCCCACGCGCUCAACUCCCUUCAGCACCUCGGACAGUUCCCUCCCCUCAUGCCCAACAAUAACAACAAGCAGCCGCAGCAGCCACAACAGGUUCUCGCAGAGCCCGUUCAGGCAGCUCCCAAUCUAAACAAAGCACCCACUAUGUCCUAUGCCAGUGCUCUCCGCGCUCCGCCCAAACCACGAGCCAUCCGCCCCGAGCAGGCCAAAAAGAACAGCGACCCACUCUCACUCCUCCAGGAGCUCAGUAUAGGAAGUUCAGAUGGUAGCAAUGGCUACUAUUCCUAUUUCAAAUGAGUGACACCCAGUACCCCAUAUUGUGUACAUGCUAAAAUAUAAAAGUAAAAAAAAAAUCUUGUCUCAGAAAAAUCCCCCCCCCCAAAAAAAAAAAAAAAAAAGUUGUGCAGAGUUCAUUUACAUAUUGUUUCUGUCAGUAGAUUUGUUUUUUGCAUUUGUUCCACUUUAAGCCUUUUAUUUGUAACAGUUUCUCCUGUUUCACAUAUCCGUGAAGAAAACACGUAUAUAUAAUGAAUUCAUUACCGGUGUGUGUAUGUAUGUAUAUAUAUAUAUAUAUAUAUAUAUAUAUAUAUAUAUAUAUAUACACACAUACAUAGUCAUUAUGUAUAUAUGAACAUAUAUACUUAUAUUAUCUGCAAUUGUAUAUGUACGUAAUGCUAAGAAAAGGAAAAAAAAAGUAUUGAAAAAUUUUACUGAAAAUUUGGUUGGCCACUUAGCUUUGCUGCAUCUUUACUUUCAGAUUGAAGUUGGUUUUGCUAGUUACUAAACACACGUGUUGGCAUUUCCGUCAAGUUUUUCCACUUUUUUUUUUUUUUUUUUUUGGUACUAUAUUUGUGGCAGUGCUCAAAAGCUAAGUGGUCAGUUGACACAGAAUAUACAUGAAGUGUAUAGAAGUAGAUCAACCAUUUCUUCUAAUCUGUACAUUAAAGAAAAUAAAUGACUGAAUUGUAUGCCACAGACAAGUCCUUAAAUUAUUAUAGACCCUGAUUUUAAACAUGAUGGACACUCUAGAUAACCCGCUAACCCAAAUAGUCCACAUUUGGCUUUUUGAAACAUUACAUACAUACGGUAUAUGGAUGGUUUUCCCACCAUUAUUAUAGCUCAUUUUGAUCUUAAUGUGGUGUCAUCAUAUGAGACUAUUCUCUUAAUAAGUAAAUGAUACAGAUCGUGCUUUUACAUUUUACUUUUUAUUCAUUAGCUAAAAUACACUUUUCCCCUUCCAGUACCCUCUCACUGCUCCUGUUGUUGCCAAUUUUGAUCUUUUUUAUUCCUGCAAAAAAAUGUGAGCUGUGACAGUUCUAUUGGCGCUCAACAAGACCAAUGAAUUAUAACUUAGAACGGUGAAAUGAAAUUUAUUAGUUGAAGGACAAGAAGGUCUGGUGAUUUAGAAAAUGGCAGUACUGUGAUGGUUUGUGAAUGUGAACUGAGGGCCUUUGAAGCCAGAGUACCGUGGCAUUAAGGGAACGUGGAGAUGGUCAAACACAUCGACCCUUGUGAGAAUAAAUGGCUUGGAAAAUGGACAGAUGGGUUGUUCCUUUUUGUUUGAGUAAACAUGCUGACAUUUGUGAACAAAAUGUGAAUUGGUUCUGAGUGAGAUCUGAUUGUAGCAUGUACGCUUCAUGAUAUUUUCCCUAUAAGACAAUCUACUAACAAUGUGAAUAUGAAAUCCUUAAUCAGUUUUAUUAUGCUUUUCAUUCGCUUGAUAUUGGUUAAUAGAUACAAUAGGUCAAUCAUUAAAAUGAUUGUUGGAAAUUUUUUUUUUUUCAUUUUGCCAUUUUUGGAGGGGGUUUCAGGGGGGUUUUGGCUUCCUAGUGAGACUGCUAGCUAGUCCACUAAAGGAGAUCGCUGCUAGUUUUUAACAACUAAAACUUUUUUUUGGGUUCAAUAAGACUUAAAAGCUGGAAGCGGCAACUAAUUUGUGUCCACUGUUCCCUCUGGCUCAAACUUGUAACAUCAUACCGCUGUACCAUGAUUUCUCAUACAGUAGUUUAACAUCUUCAAAUGUGAAAAAGGACUUCCUCCUCCACGUGGUGUCAUUUGCAUCGUAUCACCAACGUCCCGAUUCUUGUCACAGUAUAAAAGCGUGCAAUGAACAAAUACUUGUAAAUAUGCAUUUUGUAUGUAUUUACAAACCCUAAAUUUGUGGAGCACCUCGAUUUUUGCAGAUGCUAUUCAAACAGGUAUGACCUUUGCCAUUUCACCCAAACAAUUUAGUCAAAAUGUGAAAAUCCAUUUGGUAGUUGAGCCCCCCCACUGUACAAUACUUUUAUUUAUGUUGUGUGACUACAACGUUCGUGCCACUUCGCAGCUAUACUUUUUUUUUUUUUUGCCCUUGGAUGGUCAUGUUUUUGUUUGAUCUUCAAUUUGCUUUUAUUUGUAUCAAUUGUGGGUAGGAAAAUGAUUCUUGUUCAACCCUUACAUUGUCAAAAUUUCUUGCCGUAUUUGAUGUGUACAAUGUGUCAUAAGCCAGCUAUUCUAUUUUACUAACGUCAUUCACCAAUGUAUCGGUCAUGUAUGUUUGUGUCUUUCAAGCAGGGCUCAAGCUAAGGUUGCUCCCUGGUGUGUCUGCUGAACCUCAUUGGCUAAACUUGUGCAAUAGUCCUAUUACUUCGCUGCCUCUACUGCUCCAAUUGUAUUUUUUUUUUUUUUUUUGGGCAGAAGACAUUGAGCGAAAGACUAUUAAAGGGAUUUUUUCUUUAUCUUUACGUUCCCAUUCUUUAAAGUACACUCCAAUUACUGCUUGGAUGGAAAUGUUUUCGCCACCAUUUAAGUCUGGGUUUUUUUUUUUUUUUUUUGCCUUUUUCGAUUAACCCAAUAGUCGAGCAAUUUGUGAGCAGCGCGAGGGGAGCAACUUCAGCACAGCCAGUAGAGAUAGAUCAGUAUGUCCAUCUUUUUGUCAUUCCCUUGCGCUCAUCUAUUGUUCCCAGCAGUGAAUCUUCUCUGGCACGUCCAUCCACCCUCUUAGCCCCGUUGGCUAAUCCCAUGUGGGUACAAAGUACUGAAGACAUCUUUUACCCAUCUCCAUUUCAACUGAUGGUGGUUAUAAUAAAGGAUUUAGACUGUGUUUUAAAGGUUAUUUACUUUGUUUCUCUAUUAAAGUGUUUUUAUUGAAACUUG